AUGUUUGCCGUGAGAUAUGGCCGAUAUGGCCCGCAAACCUGCCAUGUGAGAGUUCAAGGGCUUCAAGUCGGUCGUGGAUGCCGCUUUGGGGACUUCCCCAAAAGGCAUUCCAGUGGCUUGAAGCAUUGGACCAGGGUAACCCGGGUCACCCUUUCCGCGCUCUUCGCGGCACACGUCCGACGCUGCCAUGGCCGGCCAUGGCGUUCUGCGCAUGUGGCUGACAGUGAACUGCCUGCUGAAGCAGCACCGCAGCUUCCGCCGCCCUUGCCGCCCCGGAAGCUGAUCGUGCUGGCGGGGGCGGAUGAUGCGGGACUUCGAGCCAUGAAAGUUGUGGAGGAAACUUGCCCCUUCCCCCUCCGUACGCUCACGGCGAAAUGGGAUCGCCCGCCGCCGAGUUCGGAGUGGAUGGGCCAGGACUUGGACGUGGCGCUGCUUUUUACCGAGCAGCUCAACUUUUUGGACACCUUCGGUGCAGUUUGUGGCGCUCUCCGGGGCGGUGGCGUCCUAUUGCUCAGCGCUCCCCCGUUGGACGAGUGGAAGCGAAGCGCCAUGGGCUACCAAUGGUGCCAUGAAUUGGAGGCCCUCAGGCAGUCCGGCCACGAAGCUGUGGUGCAGAUCGUCGAGGAGGGUUAUGAUGCUUGGAUGCCACCUUUACCUACACCGCGGCAGCGAACGGCCGAAGGCAUCGUAGCCACAGCGGAUCAACAAGAACUGAUUGAAGCCGUGCUGAGGACCAGCAGCUCCAGCCCUUUAUUCGUUUCGGGUCGCCGUGGCCGCGGGAAGUCCGCAGCCUUGGGUGUUGCCGCGGCGCUCUUGUUACGACGAGGAUGUGACAAAAUCAUCGUGACAUCGCCCUCCUUGGAAUCCACUCAGCAGCUCUUCAAUUCUGCAGAGCGUGCCGCACGGGCGCAGUCGAGCAAGCAAGACGUGGUGAGAAAGACACGCGGAUUGCUGCAGAUUGCGGCUGGACAUUUGCAAUUCGUUGCUGUUGGCGACCUCUUAGGCAAAGAACGAGAGGCGCUAAAGAGCUGCCAGUAUUUAUUCGUGGACGAGGCGGCCGGCCUUCCGGUGGCGGAAGCCACGCAGCUGCUGCGGACGGGCAAACGGGUGAUUCUCGCGACCACCCUGGAUGGUUACGAAGGCAGUGGGCAGGGCUUCCUGCUACGUGCCCUUCCGGUACUGCAGGACACCAAGAAGCAGCUGCGGCACUUUCGCCUUCACGAGCCAUUGCGCUGGACAGAGGGUGGGGUGCCCAGAGAGUGCGCUGGGGGCUUGGCCUGUGAUGGGAGAUGUUAUUUUUUCUUUUUUUUUGCGAAGGUGGGGGUAUACGAUAUAUAUAUAUAUAUAUAUAUAUACAUUAUAUAUAUAAGCCGCCACAUAUAUAUAUAUAUUAUUAUAUAUAAGCCACCACAUAUAUAUAUAUAUAUGUAUUUAUUUACAUAUGUAUAUAUAUAUAUAUACAUAUAUAUAUAUAUACAUAGAUCGAUAUAUAUAUAUAUAUACAUAGAUCGAUAUAGCAAUCAUGGGGAAAACAUGUGUUUUUUGAUGAGCAUGCUAUUUAUUGUAUUGCUUCAGCAUGAAGGGUGUUUUCACGGCAAAGGUUUCGGCAAUCUGACAAUCAUACCUAGAAGGUGGUGCCCCCCGGUAUGCAACAUGUGUAGCUUAAUCAGAAUUCACAGUACCAGAUGA